UGGAGGUUCACGUUAGCUUGACGCAGACGACAGUUCGCCUCACGCUGCGAAGUGCGACUUGCAGAUCUUUCACUUUAUUCAAAUUACCAGAGGUUCUUUACGCCUCUGUUUCUUCGACCGUCUGCAGCCGACAGCCACGCUUCACCUCCACGAUGUCCGGCCACGGUCACGGCCACGGCCACGCUCACGGCUGCGGGUGUGAGGGGGAGCACGAACCCGCCGAGCGGGGCCUGGAGUACGGACUGUACCGGAAGAUCGACCUGGACAAGCUGCAGUGUCUGAACGAGAGUCGGGAAGGAGACGGGAAGCUGGUGUUCAAGCCGUGGGAGCGGCGAACCGAGCGGAACCAGUUUGUUGAGAGUGAUGCAGAUGAAGAGCUGCUGUUCAACAUCCCCUUCACAGGAAGCGUCAAGCUGAAAGGCAUCAUUAUCUCAGGAGAAGAUGAUGACUCUCAUCCAGCUGAGAUACGACUGUUCAAAAACAUCCCACAGAUGUCCUUUGACGACACCGGCAGAGAACCCGAACAAGCUUUCAGACUUAACAGAGACCCGCUCGCUCAGCUGGAGUACCCGACAAAGAUUGCUCGUUUCUCCAGUGUUCACCACCUCUCUGUCCACAUCUCAAAGAACUUUGGAGCAGAGAGCACCCGGGUUUACUACAUUGGUCUGAGGGGAGAGUACGCGGAGGCUCACAGACAUGAAGUGACGAUCUGUAACUACGAGGCAUCUGCGAACCCAGCAGAUCACAAAGUGGAGAGCAUCAUCCCCCAAACCAACUUCAUCUCCUGAAAGCUCUGGAGGAUGUAAGGAAGAACAGGGGGAGAAGGGGGAGGAUGAUUGGCAUCUGUUGGCUGCCACUGACACGCGUCAAAAAGUCAAAGAUGAGUUAAGCUUUGUGCGCUGGUACGUUGGUCAAAUUCGACCGAGUGAGCGCUGAAACCUGAAGACCGGAGGAGCUUCAGAUGAGUCUAACAGUCAGUGGUUUAGCUCGGUUUGCUUUGGCAAGAGUGAAGGCUUAAUGUGAACAAAAUGCUUAAUAAUAAAUGGCUGAAACAUUUGAUACUCAUAAGGUCUAUUGUUAUCAAUCUACCUUGUGCAGUCAUUCGUGUCUAUCUCCAUUUUAUGCCUAAAUCGUUAGAGUAUAAUAUGUGUGAUAAGAGAUAACUCUGAUCCAUUAAAAACAAAAUUUUUCAACAUGUCUCAUAAUAAUUUGGUAGCAUUUUGGUUUCUUUGCUUAAAGCUAAAAAUGCACUAGAACAAGUCACAUCAUAUCUGCACCUAACAUUACUUUAACACAGGUUGUGUUCAUGAAAUCAUUUAAUGAUUCUGCCAAAAUUGCACUAUUAAUGCAGUGUUUCAUGCACUCAAUUGGAAAAAUAAAGCAAACUGGAAGAAUAAUCUGUUUAAUGCUUACUGCACUUUCUUGCUGUCUGUCAGUUUAUGAAAAUAGAACUGAUUAUGUUUCUGCCAAUUAAACUUACAUGUGUAUGUUG